AUGAGACAUUCUGGAAACAACCAAAUUGAAGAUGUUUUUCAAGAUAACCCAAGUGUUAGACAUCAUCACAGACACCGACACAAGCAAACUGAAUCACCAGUCAUAUUUCCAAUCUAUACAGAUAAUUUUGUAGAUAAAUCUUUCGGAUAUGUUCCUCGCUACAAUCCUGUUACCACUUUCAAUGAAAUAUCUAAUCUAGAUAGAGACAUAUUGAAUUAUGAUUUAACUGCAUAUGACAGUGAGAGAAAAAAUGAUUGGAUAAAUAUGGCGAAUGAUCAAGUAGGUGAACUGAAAGAUAAGAAACAUCAUCAACAUUGGCCAAUCAAGAGAGAAGCAGUCAUUGAAGGCGAUCUUGUUUUAGGAGGCUUAAUGAUGGUUCAUGAAAGAUCUGAUAACUUGACGUGUGGACCAGUUAUGCCUCAAGGUGGUGUUCAAGCAUUAGAGACAAUGCUAUACACGCUUGAUAUUGUCAACAAUAAAUUAAAACUAAUUCCUGGAGUUACUAUAGGGGCUCAUGUUCUAGAUGACUGUGAUAGAGACACUUAUGGACUAGAGAUGGCGGUAGAUUUUAUAAAAGGUUCCAUAAGCAACAUCGAUGACGCAGAGUAUGCCUGUAAUGCUACAGCUGUGCGGAAAGUGAUUUCAGGCGUAGUCGGGGCUGCGUCUAGUGUUACAUCUGUACAAGUAGCUAAUCUGCUACGUCUUUUUAAGAUACCACAGGUGUCGUUCUUUUCCACAUCGCCGGAGCUUUCAAACAAGGCACGUUUUGAGUACUUCACCCGCACAAUACCGUCGGACCUGCACCAGGUGAAGGCCAUGGUUGAGAUCGUUAAAAAACUAGGUUGGAGCUACGUCUCGAUUAUUUACGAGGAAUCCAGCUAUGGAAUAAAGGCAUUUGAAGAACUCGAAGCACUUUUAGCACGCCAAGGAAUUUGUAUAGCUGUAAAGGAAAAACUGGCAAAAGAUUCAGGAGUUGCAACUGAGAUGGCUUACGAUAGCAUUGUUCAAAAACUACUAACAAAGCCUAGGGCUAGAGGAGCAAUAAUCUUUGGCUCUGAUCAAGAAGUUGCUGGUGUAAUGAGAGCUGUAGAACGAGUGAAUGCAACAAGUUCAUUCAGCUGGAUAGGAUCUGAUGGCUGGAGUGCAAGAGCCUUGGUAUCUGAUGGGAAUGAACGAGCCGUUGAAGGUACCAUUAGUGUACAACCACAGGCAAAUGACGUUAAAGGAUUCAAAGAAUAUUUUCUUGGACUAAAUGUGAAAAACAACAAAAGGAAUCCUUGGUUUACAGAGUUCUGGGAAGACCACUUCCAGUGCCGCUACCCAGGAGGUCCUCGCACUCCCUAUAACGGACAGUAUGGAAGAAAUUGUUCCGGAACGGAACGACUCACUGUCGAUAACACUGAAUUCGAAAGGCAGCUGCAAUUUGUCUCCGAUGCUGUUUUAGCAUUUACUUAUGCUAUCCGUGACAUGCACGCUUCGGCCUGCGGUGGUAGAUCAGGACUAUGCGAUGCAAUGCGACCAGCUAGUGGUUCGGAGUUAUUGGGAUAUUUAAGAAAAGUAAAUUUUACAGGUAUAAGCGGAGAUGAGUUCCAUUUUGACGUGAACGGUGACGGCCCUGCUCGAUACAAUAUCUUGCACUUUAAACAAGUGUCCCGGGGCGUUUACCGCUGGUUGAAAGUGGGACAAUACCGUGAUGGAGUUUUGCAACUUAACAUUGACGAUAUCCAGUUCAAAUGGGGUGAACGUAGACCACCGGAGUCCGUUUGCAGUGCAGAGUGCGAGUUGGGUCAAGCAAAACAAUACGUGGAGGGUGAGAGUUGCUGCUGGCACUGUUUCAACUGCACACAGUAUGAGAUACGAUCGCCAUAUGUUGAGACAACUUGUAUGGUAUGCCCCCGUGGUACUCUGCCUGAUCCAACCCGCACGCACUGUCAACCAAUACCGGAAGUGUACCUUCGGCCGGAUUCAGCGUGGGCUAUUGGAGCUAUGUCGUUCUCUUCCUUUGGGAUUCUUGUUACAGCUUUCGUAUGCGGUGUGUGGGUCCGACACAGUUCAACUCCUGUCGUACGUGCAAGUGGGAGAGAACUAUCGUAUGUCCUUCUCGCCGGCAUUCUUAUGUGCUACCUCGUUACGUUUGCUCUUGUUUUCCGACCGACUGACGUAUUAUGUUCUAUACAAAGAUUCGGAACGGGUUUCUGUUUCACAGUUGUAUACGCAGCACUUCUUACUAAAACGAACAGGAUUUCCAGAAUCUUCAACGCUAGCAAGCACUCCGCUAAGCGACCGAUUUUAAUCUCGCCUAGCUCUCAGCUUGCUAUUUGCGCCGGUCUCGUGUCCAUUCAGGUUCUUAUUGUGGUUGUCUGGAUGAUUGUGGCGCCAGCAAGAGCCAUGUUUCACUAUCCAACGCGUGAAGACAACAUGCUUGUUUGUGAUUCUUAUGUGGACGCUUCUUAUAUGAUUGCUUUCUUUUACCCAAUCGUGCUCAUUAUCAUCUGCACAGUAUACGCAGUGCUAACCAGAAAGAUUCCUGAAGCAUUCAAUGAAAGCAAACACAUAGGUUUCACUAUGUAUACCACAUGCGUGAUUUGGCUUGCUUUUGUACCACUCUAUUUUGGCACCGCAAGCCACGUGCCAUUACGUAUUACAAGUAUGGCGGUCACCAUAUCUCUGAGUGCCAGUGUCACUCUAGCCUGUCUCUUCUCUCCGAAGCUAUACAUAAUUUUAAUCAGGCCUGAAAGGAAUGUCCGUCAGAGCAUUAUGCCUGUCCGAUACAGUAGGAAACCUUUACCUACACAAAACAUUACACAUAAUCAUAAUAAAAAACUUUCUUUCGCUGAUAAAGAAACUCAAACAGAUCCAACAGAUUUCAGUAAAGUUACAAAUGGACAAACUGUACAAUUAAGACGUAUAAGUUUAGAUAAAUGUGAUGUUAACAUAAGACAAGGUAAAGAUUUUAUGGAAGAAAGAAAAUCAUCGAAAGACAAAGUAGACGGAAUCAAAGAAGGGAAAGACAAAAAUGAAGAUAAAAAUAUUUCCAAAGACAACUUAAAUGAAAGAAAUCAAAUGAAAGACGUUAUACAGGAAAAAUAUAUCCCCAAUAACGUCAAACCUUUAAACAAUCAUGAUAUUGCUAGGGAAAAAAUUGUCAUCGUUCAGUCAAUACAUGAAAAAUCAAAUAACUUAUAG